UUUAAAAAUGGCGGUUUACGAAGUAUUUGCACACCCAGAACUUCGUCGCUACAAAACUCAUAUAUGCACCAAAGCUACGCUGUUGACGUUUGUUGUUUUAUUUCUUGUGUUCAUACCACCGCUUUUUGUUGUUUACAGGAGUUAUGGAUUUUGGAAGAAGGAAGAAUAUUACAGGGAGGUUCCUACCGUUUAUUUUAAGAAGCAACUGCUUGUGAUUUUUGAAUUGGAACAGGAGGGGAAUUUUAUUACGUACAGCACAUAUCAAAGAUACAAUCAGUUGCAGCAACAGAAUAUAAGAGUACCUCUUAUCCAGUCAAGAGAGCCAGAUGAAAAUGGUGAUGGGAAAGCAGAUGGACUGGAAUUUAAGUUAGAAAUGCCACUUCAAGACUCGGAGAAGGUGGUUGGUGUAAAACUUCUUCUCUUCUUUGAAUAUAAUCUGCAUAGGUUUUCCUCAUUUAGUAUGGAGUCCUUAGCCUACAUUAACCAUGACUCACCCAAAGCAGGAGCACGACUUGACGUUUAUGGUGAACUCAAUAUAAGGCAGAAGCAGCCUCUAGGACACAGAGGUUCAGAUACAAGAUAUAGUGGUUCCAUAAUAGAUACAACUAGUGUUUAUGCUGAAACAUAUGAUUUGACUGACAUCUUUAAAAAGUAUACAGACAGAAAUGUGACAACACAACUAAAUGCCCCAUACUCUGUUUGGAAGAGUGGUCGAGGUGCAGGACAGCCAUUUGUUAUCAACAGCAACAUAACUUAUACAGAACAAAUGAUAUUAUAUUACCCAGGAUUCUGGUACAUGAUCAAGUGGGGCUGGGUGCAGUAUGUGUCAGUGCUCCUUAUUUUCCUGUACGUAUUUGACAGAAUCAAGAUCUUCAUUUUCCAGAAUCAGUUAGUAACUACAAUGGUGGAGAAACCAUGGAAACGAGAGAAAAUGUCAUGAUGGACUCAGGUUUAGUAGUAUGAGAUUGUAGUGAUCAAAAUAGGAUACGAAGGUGAAUCUAUGGCAGCUUGGUGACAGCUGGCUAUGGGCUUUCCAGAUGUAAGUGAAUAUGAAAAAGACACUAAUGGUUACAUUCCUUGUGAUAUUAUGGUGUAAUGAAGCUAGAUAACAUGUAAAAGAGUGAAUGUUUUAGAGAUGUGCUGAUUUUUAGCCUGAAAAAAUUAUGCAAGAUAGUAACACAGAGAGAUGUUCUUGUUCUUGUAGAUAGUUGUCAUGCUGAAUUCAUUCAGUAUUUGUUCUUAAUUUAUCAGAAUGUACAUUAACAUCAUGUUUGAAUGACAUUUUAUUAAAAAAUAUACAUGUAUAUAUAAAUAAUGAAUGUAUGAUGUUCUUGGAACAGUGAACUGUCUGACAGAAUGUGAUCAUGAAAGAUUUUUCAUUAUAUUUUUUUUUUAUUUUAAUAAAAAUGUAAAAUAGGUGAA